AUGUGCCCCGCAGCUGUACGUACGAGUGCUCCGGAAAAGGCAGAGACCACAAAGAAAAACGAAACUGGAGUCGAUUCGUGCUGGCACAUUGCCGCACUGGGAUUCUUUACGGCCUUUCUUGUCACGGUCACGAUGUCCAACUCCACAUUUUUCUAUGUGGGUUUCAUUGAAGAAUUCGACGUCAACCGGGAAAGCGCUGCUUGGCCCAGAAGCGUCCUCACCGCUAUCGGCCAGUUGUCUGGUUUGGCGUUAGCAACUCUACAGCGGCGGUUAUCCCUCUUCACGAUAUUUCUUCUCGGAGGUCUGUUGUCUUGGACCGGAAUCGUAGCAUCCGCCUUUGUGCCGACCAUGGCUUGGAUGACAGCGACACUCGGAGGGAUUCAUGGUCUCGGACUUGGUAUUACCACCAUGACGUUUAGCAUCCUCCUGGCGAUGUAUUUUGACAAGUACAGAGGCCUGGCAUCGGGGCUCAAGUAUGCCGGAUAUUCAUGUGCUGGUCUGGUUUUUCCAAAGUUUCUCGCUUACUUAACGCAGGAAUACGGUUUCCGCGGAAUGAUUCUCAUCUACGGAGGCCUUACGAUGCACGUCUCGGCAAUCGGUCUUUUUGUCAAGGAGCCACCCUGGAUGAGCUUGCAGACAGGCGAAGAAUGCGGGCAAAAUAUAAGUGAGGAACAUUCGGACCAAACGAAGGAUAUGCUGGCUAAUGUAAAACUGCUUGAUAAACCUUCAACGACCAUUGCUGCAAAUCAAAUCAGGGAACUUUCUCCAACGAUGAAGGUAUUACGUAAUCCCAUGAUUUACGUUGUUCUUGCGGUGACAGUGGUGACAGACUUCACGGGGUCUGCAUAUACUUCGACUCUCGCUGACUAUGUGGAAGAUAAAGGCUUCUCUAUUAAGGACGCAGAGUCUUUGGUCAUCUACGGGUCUUUUAGUGAGCUCAUCGGGCGGCUGUUUCCUCCCCUUAUAGCGGACAGGGGAAUCGUCCGACGCUCUACCCUGAUCAUGGCAAGCUUUUUGCUAUGGGGAUGUUCGAUGAUGUUGAUGCCGCAUGCAAAUAUUCACCUACACGUCAUUAUUGUGAUGUUGUGCGCAUACCUCUCUUUCGGAUGCCUGCAAUCUAUGAGAAGCGUCCUCAUCGCGGACUACAUCGGUGUCCAGUGGAUAUCGACAUGCUUCGGGUUGUCAGGAUUGAUCUCGACGCCUCUAAGUUUCGGCAGUCCGUCGAUAAUAGGGUUCUUUCGAGACUUUCAAGGAAGUUACGACGGCCUGUUCAGACUUCUCGGAGGACUUCAUCUGCUUGUUUCUGUCCUUUUCCUCGGUGUUGUCUGUGUUGAAAGAAGGUGGGUUGAGAUGGCCAAUAUUCAACACACAUUUGAAGCCCUCCGUGACAAGGUCUUGGUCGAGCAGUUUCUGCUCACUUGCUCCACCCAGUUGACUAUUUUUCUCCGAGAGAGAGAAUGCCAAAGCUUGCAAGAAGUUGCGUCGAAGGCGGACCUGUUCCUAGAGGCUCAGGCCCAGCCUACUACGAGUAAGUCGAAAAUCGACGAGACGAAUAAGCAGUCUAGUGUGGCGUUAGCAGAUAAGUCUAAAACAGGAGGGGGCAGGAAAGCUUUGCGUUGCUUUUUAUGCAACAAAAUUGGGCACAAGGCGGAAAACUGUCAUGGACGUCCGCCGGCCUCCAAAGGAAUUACUUGCUAG